GAAAGAAGAAGAGGAGAGAAGAGAAAAUGUGUAAAGGAAGACCAGAAGACUUGGAAGACUAAAGAGCGGAAGAAGAAGAAGAAGAGCGUUUAAAUCCGUGCAUUAGCUACGAUUGAUUCUCGAUCUCUUUGAGUUUUGAUCUUUGAAUUGCUAAAUUACUUUCCUUUAUCAACUCAUUCUCAUCAAUCCGACGCCCCGGCUUUCUCCAUCAAGAUUGUUUUCCGUGGAAUUAGAAGGGUGGGUCACUGGGUUUGAAGUUGUGAUGGUGAAGACAUAUGGAUUCGAACUUUGAAUAUGACAAAUUAAGGAAUCAAACUCACAACAAUUAGGAAGGAAUCAUUAAACAAGAAGAAGAAGAAGAAGAAAAUACUAAGAUGUUGGAGGGAGGUCCAAAAUUCAGCGGAAUUAUUAGCCAUGAGAACAACAACAACAACAACAACAAGUACGGGGAAUUCAAUCUGUCCCAAGUCCAAGGUCAAGGCUUCUAUUACAAGCUUGAUGAGGGCACCAACAUGUCCAUUGACAGCUUUGCCAGCCUCCAAACCAGCAACGACGGUGGAUCCGUCGCCAUGUCCAUCGACAACAGCAGCGUCGCCUCCAACACCAACGACUCCCACACCCGCAUCUUGAACCACCAGGGCCUUAAACGCCGCCCCAAUGACAACUACUCUGUCCAGCACAGCGUCAACCGCCGUGGGAGAGUGAUGCACGCUCUCGGCGAUGAUGCCCUCGCUCGAGCCCUCAUGGACAACACUUUCUCCGUGGAGGGGCUGGAGGAUUACGAGGAGUGGACCCUCGAUUUGAGAAAGCUCAACAUGGGGGAGGCAUUUGCCCAAGGCGCGUUCGGUAAGCUUUACAGAGGGACUUAUAAGGGGGAGGAUGUCGCCAUCAAGCUGCUGGAGAGGCCUGAGAAUGACCCCGAGAAGGCUCAGCUGAUGGAGCAGCAGUUUCAGCAGGAGGUCAAGAUGCUUGCCACCCUCAGGCAUCCCAACAUUGUGCGUUUCAUCGGGGGCUGCCGUAAACCGAUGGUGUGGUGCAUUGUCACCGAAUAUGCUAAGGGUGGAUCCGUUCGCCAGUUUUUGAUGAAGCGCCAGACCCGCUCUGUCCCUUUGAAAUUGGCGGUCAAGCAAGCGUUGGAUGUUGCCAGGGGAAUGGCCUAUGUCCAUGCUCUGGGGUUGAUUCAUCGAGACCUUAAGUCGGACAAUCUUUUGAUCUUUGCUGACAAAUCAAUAAAAAUUGCCGAUUUUGGUGUUGCUCGGAUUGAAGUUCAGACGGAAGGGAUGACUCCGGAGACUGGAACAUAUCGCUGGAUGGCUCCUGAGAUGAUCCAGCACAGGCCAUACACGCAGAAAGUGGAUGUUUAUAGCUUUGGAAUAGUUCUUUGGGAACUUAUUACCGGAAUGCUCCCAUUUCAGAACAUGACAGCGGUGCAGGCAGCGUUUGCGGUCGUCAAUAAGGGGGUCCGUCCCAUUGUCCCCAAUGAUUGUUUACCAGUUCUGGGUGAGAUCAUGACUCGAUGCUGGGAUGCCAACUCUGAUGUCAGACCACCCUUCACCGAGGUCGUGAGAAUGCUCGAGAACGCAGAAACUGAGAUCAUGACAACCGUGCGGAAGGCUCGUUUCAGGUGUUGCAUGACCCAACCCAUGACAGCAGACUGACCCUCCCACGAAAAUUGGAGAAAAGAGAAGAGUGACAUGAAAAAGAAAGACAAAAGAAGAAGGCCAUUCAUAGUGUUGUAGCUUUUGUGUAUUUAUUAUCAGGUUAAUUUUCUUUCUUGCUUAAGAUAGAAAAGAAGAAAAGGGAAAAAGUAAAAUGGUGAUGAUAAGAGUAUUUGGUUGUAAGUCGGGUAUUGUGUUAUGAAAUAGGUUUCGCCUUUCGGUUGAUGAGUCAGUAAAAUAGGAUGUGUAUCUAUCCAUACAUAUACAUUCACUCUCAUGAUAUGUAUUAUUAACCUUCCUUUGUUUAGCUCUGUUGUAUUUGACAAAAUUGCCAAGUUUGUUUUGUUUUC